UCUCUAAUAAAUCGCUAAUUACUUACCUGACCUUAAAACAACACAGAGAAACAGCUUCCACUAUCCUGAUGGAAGAGCAAGUUGAGGAGAAAGUGCGGCCCGGAUCAACACACACUUAGUGUGACACUGCAGCUGGAAAUAUUUUUUUCCCUUGAACUUUUCUAGAUAGUCAUUUUGCCUCCUUUUGAGGAUCACCAGCUUAUCCUUGAUGGCCUUUCAGGACCUUCUGGACCAAGUUGGAGGCCUGGGGAGAUUCCAGAUCCUUCAGAUGGUUUUCUUUUGUAUCUCUAGCCUCAUAGUGUACCCUCACAUGAUACUGGAGAACUUCACUGCAGCAGUCCCUGGUCAUCGCUGCUGGGUCCACAUUCUCGACAAUAACACUGACUCGGCUAAUGACACUGGGACCCUCAGCCCUGAUGCCCUCCUGAGAAUCUCCAUCCCACUGGACUCAAACCUGAGGCCAGAGAGGUGUCGUCGCUUCAGCCACCCGCAGUGGCAGUUCCUUCACCUGAAUGGGACCUUCCCCAACAUGACUGACCUGGACACGGAGCCCUGUGUGGACUGCUGGGUGUAUGACCGAAGUUCCUUCUCCUCCACCAUCGUAACUGAGUGGGACCUGGUAUGUAAAUCUCAGUCACUGAUCUCAGUGGCUAAAUUCCUAGUCAUGAGUGGAAUUCUGGUGGGAGGCAUCAUGUAUGGCUCUUUAUCAGACAGGUUUGGGAGGAAGUUUAUAAUCAGGUUGUGUUUCCUCCAGCUUGCCAUUGCUGACACCUUUACAGUCAUUGCCCCCAACUUCCUCAUUUACUGCUCACUACGUUUCUUGGCUGGAAUGUCUACUACAUGCCUCCUGACAACUAAUGUUUUGCUCACACUGGAAUGGACAGAGUCCCGAUACCAGGCCAUGGCAACAACGCUGCUGAUGGCCGCCUCUAGCCUGGGACAGACAGUCUUGGGAGGCCUGGCUUUUGCCAUUCGAGACUGGCAAACUCUCCAGCUAGUGAUGUCUGCACCAGUCUUUGUUUUAUUUCUGGCCUCAAGGUGGCUGAUAGAAUCUGCUCGGUGGUUGAUUAUUAUAGACAAGCCCCAAAAGGGCUUAAAGGAACUUCACAAAGCGGCACACAGAAAUGGAAGGAAGAAUGCUGGAGAUACCCUAACCAUGGAGUUUGUUUUGUUGAAGGUCCUGAGAUCCACCAUGCAGGAGGAGCUGGAGGCAGCGAAGACCAAACCUUCUGUGUUUGACUUGUUCCGCACACCCAACCUGCGUAAAAGGAUCUGUCUCCUGUCCUUUGUGAGAUUUGCAAACGUGCUGACCCAUUUUGGCCUGACUCUCCACCUCCAGCACUUGGGGAGCAAUAUUUUCAUGUUCCAGAUUCUCUUUGGCAUAGUCACCAUCCCAGCCAAUGGCGCUGCUCUUUUGGCCCUGAAUCACCUGGGCCGUCGAACAACCCAGAUGCUUUUCAUGUUUCUGCUGGCAGUCUCCACUCUAGCCAUCACAUGCGUGUCUGAAGAAAUGCAGGCCCUGCGUAUGACUUUGGCAGCUUUAGCAGUAGGAGUUUCUUUUGCCUCAUUUACCAGCAAUUUUUGCCAUGGAAGUGAACUAAUUCCUACUGUGUUCAGGGUAACAUCUGUGGGAAUCAUGGGAAUUGCUGCUAAUAUUGGGGCAGCCCUGGCUGCCCUCUUGAUGAUCCUAACGGUGUAUUCCCCUCACCUGCCCUGGAUCAUCUACGGAGUCUUACCCAUCCUCGCUGGUCUUGUUGUCCCAUUCCUUCCUGAAACCAAGAAUAAGCCUCUGCCCGACUCCAUCCAGGAUGUGGAAAAUGAGGAAAAAAGGUCAAGAAAAACAAAGCAGGAAGAUACUUUCAUGAAAGUGACACAGUGUUAAGGGAUUCCGGGAAUGAACUGUUCAUCAAAGAGGAAGAAAAAAUUGGUGUCUUUCCUAAUAACAAAAUUUGAAAAAUAAAUAAAACAAAAGAUACAAUAAAAACAUAGAUCCCAUUUACAAUUGCUGUACUAAUUGCUAAAUAUUCAAUACUUACAACCAAUCAUUGUAAGACGUAUGAAAGAAAAUAGAAUUAUAAAAAUAUUUGUAUUAGAAUGUUUAUGUAAUGGUAGAAACCUAGUGUAGUGAAAACACUAGUGUUUUUUGCUGUUACUUGGUAGAAUAACUGGUAGGGGAAUUACAAUAAAAAAACUAUAUUUUUUGAGAUAUUAAAACUUGUUCCAAAUAUAUUUAGAAAUUAAUAGUAGACAAGAUGAUUCAGAAAAAGAGGAUUAUAGAGUGGAUUGAGCUGCUUGUUAAGUGGAGAAGCAUGUGCAAGUCUUUAAUAUUGUAAGCUAUAAUAGUAAAAAAGAAAUAGUAAUAGCAGAUGCAUUUUCAAACUAAAAAGAAAUCCAGAAACAGACCAUAGUAUUUUAACAUUUAAUAUAUCAUAAUUUGGUUAUAAAUCACUAGAGGAAAUAGAGUAUUGUGCAAAAAAUAGCAUUAACCAUGUGUUUAGAAGUUGCUAAUAAUUUGAUCACAUAGUAAACCAGAAAAAUCUACCUGAAUAAAGUUAAAUGGAACAAAUAAACAAGAGAAAUGAUU